AUGGGCAAAGGAAAAAGGGCGCAUACGAUCAGUAUUCCCAGUAUCAAUCUGACGACCCCGAAAUCGUCGUCUGAUCAUUCGUUCAGCGUUUCGCCACCGUCGUUUCUUCAAAAGAGUCAUCACCUUGAUGUGUCUUCUCGGCUCUUGCAUUCGUCGACUUCCACUCUCGUUCAGCAGCAUCAGCAAACAGCUCCAAAGAGAUGGACACCGCCACGAAAACCUAAAAUGAAGUACGACGAUCUUGAGCACAAGAUGGAUGCUGCCCCCUUGUAUGUCUUGGUUCUGACAUACUUGAACUACUUUGUGCUUAUUCUGUUUGGCCACUUGCGCGAUAUCCUUGGCAAAGUGGCUAAACCUCAAGCUUAUGCCCACCUUAAGACAAGCAAUGGUUACGCGCCUUUGGUAUCAGAUUUCGAUUCAUUCUACACUCGACGUCUUUACAUGCGUAUUCGCCUGACUGGCGAAAAGUCGAACAAGCUUAAUCUAGCAAGUUACAACUACCUGGGUUUCUCAGACAACAAAGGCCCUUGCGCUGAUGCUGUCGAAAAGGCUGCUAAUCAAUAUGGCUUGGCAUCUACGAGCGUUCGUGCUGAAGCAGGAUCAACUCAUUUGCUUGGCGAAGUUGAACGCAUGGUUGCACGAUUUGUUGGCAAAGAAGAUGCCAUGUGUGUCAGCAUGGGCUUUGCUACCAACUCGACCACAAUUCCUGCUAUCGUUGAUAAGGGAUGCCUUGUCAUAUCGGAUGAAUUAAACCACGCCUCGAUUGUUUUCGGAGUACGACUAUCAGGUGCAUCCGUCCGCGUCUUUAAGCAUAACAACAUGGAUGACCUCCGUGAACUCCUUCGUGAGGUUAUCUCGCAAGGGCAGCCACGCACGCAUCGCCCCUGGAAAAAGAUCCUUGUUAUCGUCGAAGGCCUCUACUCUAUGGAAGGCACUAUGGUUAACCUGCCCGGUCUUGUGGAACUCAAAAAAGAGUUUGGGUUCUACUUGUAUGUUGACGAAGCACAUUCCAUUGGUGCAUUAGGCGAAAACGGUGGCGGUAUCUGCGACUUUUUCGGCGUCGACCCUGCCAACGUCGAUAUCAUGAUGGGAACCUUUACUAAAUCGUUUGGCGCUGCUGGCGGUUACAUUGCUGCUGAUAAGAGUGUCAUUGACCACUUGCGACUCAAGAACCAUGCCUAUGUUUAUGCGGAGCCCAUGUCGGUACCUGUUGCACAGCAGGUCAUGACGACAAUGCGUAUCAUCUGUGGUGAAGAUGGUUCUGACGACGGCCGUAAGCGCAUCAAGCAGCUCGCUGAAAACGCGUUGUACUUUUCUUCCCGCCUGCGACAAAUGGGCUUCAUUGUCUAUGGCGAUCAUGGCAGUCCAGUCAUUCCGCUUUUGUUGUUCAACCCUGCCAAGAUGCCUGCAUUCUCCCGAGGUUUGCUUGAACGGGGCAUUGCAGUCUGUUUGGGUGGUUACCCGGCUACGCCCAUCAUAUCCUCACGAGCUAGAUUCUGCGUCUCCGCAGCACAUACCCGCGAAGAUCUAGACUUUGCUCUGAAACAAAUUAGUGAAGUUGGCGAUCUUUUGAUGUUAAAGCUUGUUGAACCACCCAGUGAGGCAGAAUUCGCUGGAUAG